CAGCCGGGCUCCUGGCAGGCCCGUGGAGGUCCACGCGGCGGGCGCCGACCACGCGCUUGCAGUGGGACCUUCCCGCUGUGCAGCGCCUCGGGGAGUCCAUCUGGGAUCACCUGCCUCCAGAUGCCAAGGGCAUGCUGGAGAAGGGGGCCUUCAGCGGCACCGUGCUGGUGCGCGCCGCGCCGUUCCCCAAGAAGGAUGACCUGGUGGCCAACCUGCCCUGGCUCAAGGGGAUCGUCGCAGCGUUGCCGGAUCAGGCUCCGUCGGCGUACCUCGUAGCGGACGCGCUCCUCUACUUGCACGUGGAGAAGUGCAAGAGGUGCCUCAUCAAUGUGGCGGCGCCGAGCAGGAGCGCCGAGGAGCAGGCCGUGAAGGAGGCCAUCACGUUGAGCAAGCUGGUGGGCCACGCUCGUCUCCUGUGGCGGAACAGCGAGAGCAGCACGGAUCACAACCUGCUGGAGAUCAAGCAGAUGUUCGUCAAGAGCCCGAAAGGUUCGUCCGAGAGCCUGGGGCCAGACGCCGCCGUCACCGACUCCGAGGCGGGUGCGGAGCUGGACCUGGCCGAUGCUGGAGAUGAGGCAGAGUUGCAGGAGAGCGACGCCGUGGUGGGCACGGCAGGUCUUCUCGGCUCGUCGGCGCACGUAGCGCCUGAGCCGGCUGCUGCUGCUUGGCUGAACGCCAUGAAGAGCCCCCCGCCAGCAGCGCCGCCAGGCAUGGCCGAGGUCAUGAGCGGCUUGAUCCUCACGCCUCCGAAGCCCGUGGACAGCAUGGCUCAGAAUAAGCAGGUGCGGCUGCAACGGCUGGCGGAGACCUCGUCGAGCAAGAAGAAGAAGAAGGCGGCGGCCAAGAAGAAGGCCAACAAGGAAAAGAGCGCGAAGAAGGCCACGUUCAAGAGGCCUGGGAAGACCAAGAAGGCCGCCAAGAAGCUCAAGGUCUCGCACGGCGACGCCGACCAGGGCGAGCUCGGCGUCUGGCGGGAGCGCGACGAGUACCAGGCUGUCGAGACCGACACCCCCCCGGACGCGUUCAUGGGCGACGGCUUCAAGGGUGCCAUCGGCAAAGUGCCGCAGGUUGAGGUCGUUGACCUCCUCGACUCCGACGCCGAGGAGGAGGGCGCCCUCGCGCCCGAGGAGGCCGAGGAAGAGGAGGAGGAGGAGGAGGUGCUGCCCGAGGAGGCCGAGGACGAGCAGGACGCACUCGCCCCCGAGGAGGCCGAGGUGGGCGAGGGCGCCCUCGCGCUGGAGGAGGCGCUUGCGGCGACGCUCGAGGAGACGCUCAAGCCCGACGGCAAGCUGCCGAUCCCGGCGGACAUGCCGACGGAGGCGUUGCCGCAGAGCGUGGUGCGCGGCAAGAAGAACUACACCAUCUACGCGGGGGUGGUCGGCAACGACGCGCGCGUGGAGGUGCAGUUGGCCAACAAGUCCUUCUGGCUGCGGUACGUGCGCGUGCUCAACGACGACGAGAGCAGGACGCCGCCGUACCGCAACCUGAGUUGGUCCAAGAUCGGCAGCGUCGACAAGGCGUGGGAGCAGGCAAAGCAAGCCGUCCACUGGGACGAGGCGGUCGCUGCGCAGGCAGCCGCGGAGGAGACGAGACUCAGCGCUACGUCAGGCAGGCCAACUGCAUGGUGGACCGCGAGACUCUGGACCCAGAGGUCGAGACCUUCACAACUGAUGUGAGGGCCGACGGUUCUAGAGCAGUCGAUGGUGGCAGAGACCUGAAGGGGACUCAAGCCUAUCCCCCUGCAUUCGGGGACGCCCUGGUGCAAUUGCAUGCUGACAAUGCUUCCGAGAUCGCUUCUGAUUUCGAAAAGUUUCAACGUAGGCUCGCCCGGGCCCGUGCGAACGGCUCCUCUGGCCGCGUGCUGGAAUCGUGGCCCGGCGCUCGUCUGUCCAGCGUUUUGCGCGCCC